GAACUCAUAUUUGUUGUUGUUUUUUGGUCGGGUUCCCCUUGGCAAUGGUUUUAAAAGUGUGUGUGUUGAUUUCUAUAUCAUUUUUCUCAGCCUACGGAGAUGCUGUAGAUGUCGACUAUUUCUCCGGUCCUGCAUUAAGAACUCGAUCUGUAUCAUGCAAGAGUCGCCUGAGUCACUUCUACUGCCAAAUCAAAUGCGACAUGAAAACAGCGUUAUGCAUUCAAAACAAGUGCUACUGUUUAGACAUUGCUCCUGCAAGUGAAAUAAGUCCUGAAAUUGAAGAAGAAAAUAUGCCAGAUCGAAGUAAAAAAUUAAUGAAUGAAGACAUCGUUAAAGAAUCAGUUGAAUUUGAAGAUUUAAAACAGCCAGACAUAACCCCAUCCAUUGAAUCAAAAUUGCUCUUCGGAUUACGACCAACAGUGCGUCAUCACAUUGCUCACUUCUGCCCAAACUUAGAGGUUGCCCGAACAUGUAUAAGGAAAUGUAUGGCAAUAGGCAAACCGGCGUUCUGUGGUAAAGACCACGUGUGUUAUUGUGGUCAUAAAUAUACACAUACGGGCCAAGACGACGGCGGUGACGCCAAAGAGAUAUAUGCACAAUUCAAGGAUAUGUACGAGAAGUAUUUCGGACCUGGUUAUAAUAAAGGAAGUGUUGAAGUUUAACAGUUUGAACUACAAUAUCUAUGGUUUGAACUUAUAAGAUCGAACAUCUCAGUAUUUUUGAAUAAAAUCUUAUAAUAAAUACAUUAUUUAUUGUUA